AGGAGGUGCAGUUGUGCAUCAUGCCGAGGACGCGCGGGGUCAAGGCAGCGCUCCUGUGUUGGACUCUCCGCUCAGUGAAAAUUGCUUGGAGACCGACAGAAACAGUUUCACACAUCGAUGUGUGUGCCACAAAUCUGGUCUCGUACCUCCAACGAAUUCAUCUUACUGACACAUGUGAGCCAAGAAUAAUCGAGGGAGACGCGUUGGUUUCUGGCUAGUUAAGUUUUUUACUUUUUUUUUAUAUAUAUAUUUUUUUACAGCGAGUGAAAUCACAGCUGGUUACGAAAUGUCGGGGAAAAUAGAGAGUAAGCAAGACUCGCAGCGCUCCCACCUCUCCUCCUUCACCAUGAAGCUGAUGGACAAGUUCCACUCUCCCAAGAUCAAGAGGACGCCAUCAAAGAAGGGCAAGCAGUUGCAGGUCGAACCUGUGGUCAAGAGCCAAGAGAAACCCGUCAACAAGAAGGUGAGUCGGCUGGAGGAGCAGGAGAAGGAGGUGGUGAGCGCGCUGCGCUACUUCAAGACCAUCGUGGACAAGAUGGUGGUGGAGAAGAAGGUGCUGGAGAUGCUGCCUGGCUCGGCCAGCAAGGUGCUGGAGGCUAUUCUACCUCUGGUGCAGGUGGAGGCCCGGAUAACACACAAUUCGGCUGUGUCGUCGUGUCACAACCGGGUGUACCAGAGCCUUGCCAACCUGAUCCGCUGGUCCGACCACGUCAUGCUGGACGGCAUCAACCUUGAUGACAAGGACAACGUGGUCGCGGUCACGACAGUCAUCAAAGCCGUCCUGGAUGGGGUCAAGGAGCUGGUCAAACUCACCAUAGAGAAACAGGAGCAACCCUCCCCCACCACACCCAACAGACCCCCACCACCACCUAUCACUACACCAGAGAGCAGGUCAGAGUUGCCACUGACAGAACGGGAGAGGGAGAUCCUGAGUAAGACCCCGCUCACCGAGGCUGUGACGGACAUGGCAGAGGAGGACGUAGCUCCGCCCAAACCCCCCCUCCCUGGCCUGAAAAUGGAUGCGCUCAGCCCUCCUCCAGCUUUGCCCCCAAAGAAGCGUCAGUCGGCCUCGUCGCCCACCCGUGUGGCAGUGGUGGCCACCAUGAGCCGCGGCUCCAGCCUGCCCUGCAGCGUCCACAGUCAGCAGCAGGACUAUGAGCAGGAGUUCCUCCAGAGGCGUUUCUCAGGGGGCAGCCAGUCGUAUGGGUGCGACUCUCCGCGCCUCUCGCCCUACAGCAGCAUGGGGAAGCUCAGCAGGUCUGAAGAGCAGCUCUGCUCCAUGGAACAGGACAGUGGACAGUGCUCCAGAAAUACUAGCUGUGAGACACUGGACAACACAGAGAGUUACGACCCCGACUAUGACUUCCUCCACCAGGACCUCGCUGUCUUCACAGGGGACCCCUCAGUGGUCAUGUCCCUGUCCCCCCUCCCCGAGUCCCACAGUGAGUGCUCCUCCCCCGUGCCUCCUCACGCCCGGUUCAGGUCACCACCCGCCCCACACCAACAACAACCCCACCCACCCCAGUCUGAGUACUGGACCCCCCAGCCCGGUUCCCACAUCAUCCCCUUGCAACUGUCCCGCAUCAGUGCUCCUCCAGCAUUACCCCAGAAGAAGCGGCGCAGCUCCCAGGUUUCACCUUAUCAGGACGGGUGUGGCUCCUCGGGGGGACCCCUCAACGAGAGGUCCCCUUCCCAAUACGAAAACCUGUCGGAGGAGGAGCUGCUGCACCCCACGCCACCCUUCCCCCUCUUCACUCCCAACUCGCCCAUGCCCCAGAGCAACGGGGGGGUGUUCGUGGCCCAGUACCUGGCUAGCGAGAACGCAGACCUGCCCUCUAGUCCACCGCCACUGCCUGAGAAGAAGAACAAGCACGUCCUGGCGUACAUGCAGUUUGUGGAGGACUACUCAGAGCCCCAGCCCUCAGUGUUCUACCAGACCCCACAGAAUGAGAGCAUCUAUGAGCAGAGGAACAAACGCUUCCAGGACGUCUAUGGCCUCAACGACUCCUUCAGCAGCACCGACUCGGUCCACGAGCCCCUUCCCAUACCCCUCUUCCCGCCCCCCGCCCUGCCCCCCAAGAAGAGGCAGCUGGCCUCCCACUCUUCCUCCCCCUCUUCCUCCUCUCUGUCGUGCCACCUCCAGCCGUCAUUGGUGGUGGCGGCGGAGGAGGCGGGCUCUGGCCUAGGCCUCAUCCUAUCGGUUUCUAGCUCCUCCUACCUGAGUGGACAUGCCUCGCUGACCACGCCCAUGAGUUCAGACCAGGUCGCCUUGAGCAAUGCCACUAUAUUGGAUGGCAGCAGGGGCGGGCCCAACGGUUCCCUGGCCAACUCAUUGGGCUCUGUGGCCAUCUCUCUUCUUCCUCCUGAGACCACUUCUCUUCUAACUGACUCUCUCCUCCGCACCUCGGCAGUGAGCGUCGACGAGGGUGGCGAGGGCGAGUAUGUCAACCUGUACUCAUCCAGCCAGGCCAAUGGGGAGCUGGAGCUGCCUCCCUGCCUCCUCAGACCAAUCGUUGCUGACGAUGUCAUUCAAGACCCCGCCCCACAAAUGCACUCCUCCAAUAGCAAGGAGGCUCUGGACAAGGACAGCAGGAGGCAGAAGUCGACAGACUCAGUCCAGAGCGAUGAGGAGGAAGUGGAUGAGCUCUCUCUCAUCGACCACAAAGAGAUCAUGUCCCGGAUAACACUCAAACAGGAGAAUGACGAUGGACCUGAUGUGCGUGCUGGAUCAGGGGAUAUUCUGUUAGUCCACGCCACAGAGACAGACCGCAAAGAUCUGGUGUUGUACUGUGAGGUCUUCCUGACCACAUACAGGACCUUCAUCAGCCCAGAGGACCUCAUUAAGAAGCUCCACUACAGAUACACCAGGUUCUGUCACAGUCCAGACACGUUUAAGAAGCGGGUUAGCAAGAACACCUUCUUUGUGCUCGUUAGACUGGUGGACGAACUGUGUCUGGUGGAGUUAACAGAGGACAUCCUGAAGCAGCUGAUGGACCUGGUGUUCAGGCUGGUGUGUAACGGCGAGCUGAGCCUGGCCCGCGUGCUCCGCAAGAACAUCCUGGACAAGGUGGAGCAGAAGAAGCUGCUGCGCUGCACCAACUCCCUCAAGCCGCUGGCCGCCCGGGGCGUGUCCGCCAGGCCCGGAACGCUGCAUGACUUCCGCAGCCAUGAAAUCGCAGAUCAGCUCACGCUCCUGGAUGCAGAACUUUUCUACAACAUCGAGAUUCCUGAGGUGUUGCUUUGGGCCAAGGAACAGAACGAAGAAAAGAGUCCCAAUCUGACUCAGUUCACAGAGCACUUUAACAAUAUGAGCUACUGGGUGCGCUCUCUAAUCAUUCAGCAGGAGAAAGGCCAGGACAGAGAGAAGCUGCUCCUCAAGUUCAUUAAGAUCAUGAAGCACUUAAGAAAGUUGAACAAUUUCAACUCGUACUUGGCAAUACUGUCUGCCCUGGACUCAGCCCCCAUCCGCAGACUGGAGUGGCAGAAACAGACAUCAGAGGGAUUGGAGGAAUACUGCACUUUGAUUGACAGCUCGUCGUCUUUCCGAGUGUACCGGGCAGCUCUGGCCGACGUGGAGCCUCCAUGCAUCCCAUACCUCGGUCUAAUCCUGCAGGACCUGACCUUCGUCCACCUGGGGAACCCUGAUCUCAUCGAUGGGAAGGUCAACUUCUCUAAGCGCUGGCAGCAGUUCAACAUCUUGGACAGCAUGAGGCGCUUCCAGCAAGUGCAUUAUGAGCUGAAGCGCAACGACGACAUUGUGUGCUUCUUCAACGACUUCAGCGACCACCUGGCCGAGGAGGCGCUGUGGGAGCUCUCACUGAAGAUCAAGCCUCGAAACAUCACCCGGAGGCGGACAGAGCGCGAAGAGAAGACCUAGGGGGUGUAGGGGCACGGCGUGGUGCCCAAACCCGGGAACAGGUCCCGCCAAGGGACCUCCACUGUGUUACAGACACUAACUCCACUUUACUAUGGACAGACAUUCAGACAGACAGACGGACGGGAUAGAUGGAUGGAUGGACACAAUCAGUUGGACCUAACUAACUUGGGAAGAGUGACUGACUAGGGCCGGACCAGAGCACAUACAGUAGGUUGGAGGAAAAGACUGGUUUAAAAUGACUCUGCACUGCUCUGCUACACUGGGAUAUUAUGGGGGUUUUAUGAUUGACACUGCUGUUGGCAGGGGAGAAACUCCUAGCCAAUGGGAAGAGAGAGAAAGACUUGUAUAAGAGACGUCAUGUGAGGAGGAUGUGGAGAUACCGCUCCCCGUCCUCUCCCAUUUUAGUGUGUAAGUGUGAGGUGAAUGCUCCUCUACACCCUGAUACCAACACCCUAUUCCCUUUUCUUCCUCCCUAAAUAGUGUGUGGCACCAUUGGGUCAGCCCCUACUGCCCCCCUCCCCUGACUUAACUUCCCUCCAACAUUGAAGGAAGAUCAAGUUCCUUGUAUCCAUGUAUCCAUGGAAUCCUCAGUAUUCUGGACUGCAGUCUAGGAAAUGGGAAUUUGAGGGUUAGUAGAGGUGGACUGGACUUGUAGCAAGAGUGUAUUUGGGAUAUUGUGUAUUAUUGUUAUUAUUAUUAAUCAUGUAUGGUUGUGAUGUAUUAUACAGUGCUCCUUUUGUUCUUAAAAAGGAUGUUUAUUAUGCUAUUAAGAGAAGCGCUCAGCUUCUACCCAAGUGCCAUAAUAAUGUGCACUCUAAAAAGCAACGCAACAAA